CUGCCGCGCGGUUGACUUGCACAGCCUGCCCCCGCCCGCUUCCCUUCCCCCGGCUCCGAUCCUCACCAACUGGAAUCUGGGCUCCUGCCUCUCCACCCCCCCCCCACCUCUUUUUGAGAAAGGAAGGUUCCCCCCACCCCCUUUCAAAAACCACUUCCUCCGGCUUCUUCACCUCUAGGAAAUCUCGGGGCUUCGCUCUAUCGAGAGUGCUCGUCAGGGUGAUUCUUGAUCACCACCAUCCAGAAGUGCUGGCGUCCGAAUGCAUAUCCUUUUGCCUUGCAAAGAAGAGUCGUGAACUUCAAAACCCCCGAGACGGAUCAUUAAUCCUGCUUUGCAGGAAAGGAAAACCCUCCAUUCCCAGCCACCGGCCACCCCUCUCCGGAGACUGCAACCGCGGAGGCGCUCGGAGCCGGAAGGGGACGCUUUGGGAAUGACCAUGCUCCACCGAGGGACGGAGCCGGCCCCCAGCUUCUCCACACAGAGCCUCCUCCACUAACGCUCCAAAAACCAAAAACCGUAAUUGCCAGAAGAAGCGUUAAAAAUCUAUUCCAGCCACUAACCUCACAUGCACACGGAAUAAUUACUCUGGAUUCUGCAUUGUGAGCUGCUCUCCAUACCCUGAAUUACCUUUGAAUUAAAUCUUUUUUUUUGAAUUUGCAUCUCUUCAAGACACAAGAUUAAAACAAAAUUGACGCUAAAUUGGAUUUUAAAUUAUCUUCCGUUCAUUUAUCCUUCGUCUUUCUUAUGUGGAUAUGCAAGCAAGAAGAAGGGACUGGACAUUCCCAACAUGCUCACUCCCUUAAUCUGUCCGUCUAGAGGUUUGGCUUCUACAAACCAAGGGAGUCGACGAGUUGAAGAUGAAGCCCAGAGCGGAGUGCUGUUCUCCCAAGUUCUGGUUGGUGUUGGCUGUCCUGGCCGUGUCAGGCAGCAGAGCUCGUUCUCAGAAGAGCCCCCCCAGCAUUGGCAUUGCUGUCAUCCUCGUGGGCACUUCCGACGAGGUGGCCAUCAAGGAUGCCCACGAGAAAGAUGAUUUCCACCAUCUCUCCGUGGUGCCUCGGGUGGAACUGGUAGCCAUGAAUGAGACCGACCCAAAGAGCAUCAUCACCCGCAUCUGUGAUCUCAUGUCUGACCGGAAGAUCCAGGGGGUGGUGUUUGCUGAUGACACAGACCAGGAAGCCAUCGCCCAGAUCCUCGAUUUCAUUUCUGCACAGACUCUCACCCCUAUCCUGGGCAUCCACGGGGGCUCCUCUAUGAUAAUGGCAGAUAAGGAUGAAUCCUCCAUGUUCUUCCAGUUUGGCCCAUCAAUUGAACAGCAAGCUUCCGUAAUGCUCAACAUCAUGGAAGAAUAUGACUGGUACAUCUUUUCUAUCGUCACCACCUAUUUCCCUGGCUACCAGGACUUUGUAAACAAGAUCCGCAGCACCAUUGAGAAUAGCUUUGUGGGCUGGGAGCUAGAGGAAGUCCUCCUACUGGACAUGUCCCUGGACGAUGGAGAUUCUAAGAUCCAGAAUCAGCUCAAGAAACUUCAAAGCCCCAUCAUUCUUCUUUACUGUACCAAGGAAGAAGCCACCUACAUCUUUGAAGUGGCCAACUCAGUAGGGCUGACUGGCUACGGCUACACGUGGAUCGUGCCCAGUCUGGUGGCAGGGGAUACAGACACAGUGCCUGCGGAGUUCCCCACUGGGCUCAUCUCUGUAUCAUAUGAUGAAUGGGACUACGGCCUCCCCGCCAGAGUGAGAGAUGGAAUUGCCAUAAUCACCACUGCUGCUUCUGACAUGCUGUCCGAACACAGCUUCAUCCCUGAGCCCAAAAGCAGUUGUUACAAUACCCAUGAGAAGAGAAUCUACCAGUCCAAUAUGCUAAAUAGGUAUCUGAUCAACGUCACUUUUGAGGGGAGGAAUCUGUCCUUCAGUGAAGAUGGUUACCAGAUGCACCCAAAGCUGGUGAUAAUUCUUCUGAACAAGGAGAGGAAGUGGGAAAGGGUGGGGAAGUGGAAAGACAAGUCCCUGCAGAUGAAGUACUAUGUGUGGCCCCGAAUGUGUCCAGAGACUGAAGAGCAGGAAGAUGACCAUCUGAGCAUUGUGACCCUGGAGGAGGCACCAUUUGUCAUUGUGGAAAGUGUGGACCCUCUGAGUGGAACCUGCAUGAGGAACACAGUCCCCUGCCAAAAACGCAUAAUCACUGAGAAUAAAACAGAUGAGGAGCCGGGUUACAUCAAAAAAUGCUGCAAGGGGUUCUGUAUCGACAUCCUUAAGAAAAUUUCUAAAUCUGUGAAGUUCACCUAUGACCUUUACCUGGUUACCAAUGGCAAGCAUGGGAAGAAAAUCAAUGGAACCUGGAAUGGUAUGAUUGGAGAGGUGGUCAUGAAGAGGGCCUACAUGGCGGUGGGCUCACUCACCAUCAAUGAGGAACGAUCGGAGGUGGUCGACUUCUCUGUGCCCUUCAUAGAGACAGGCAUCAGUGUCAUGGUGUCACGCAGCAAUGGGACUGUCUCACCUUCUGCCUUCUUAGAGCCAUUCAGUGCUGACGUAUGGGUGAUGAUGUUUGUGAUGCUGCUCAUCGUCUCAGCUGUGGCUGUCUUUGUCUUUGAGUACUUCAGCCCUGUGGGUUAUAACAGGUGCCUCGCUGAUGGCAGAGAGCCUGGUGGCCCCUCUUUCACCAUCGGCAAAGCUAUUUGGUUGCUCUGGGGUCUGGUGUUUAACAACUCCGUACCUGUGCAGAACCCAAAGGGGACCACCUCCAAGAUCAUGGUGUCAGUGUGGGCCUUCUUUGCUGUCAUCUUCCUGGCCAGCUACACUGCCAACUUAGCUGCCUUCAUGAUCCAAGAGGAAUAUGUGGACCAGGUUUCUGGCUUGAGCGACAAAAAGUUCCAGAGACCUAAUGACUUCUCACCCCCUUUCCGCUUUGGGACCGUGCCCAACGGCAGCACAGAGAGAAAUAUUCGCAAUAACUAUGCAGAAAUGCAUGCCUACAUGGGAAAGUUCAACCAGAGGGGUGUAGAUGAUGCAUUGCUCUCCCUGAAAACAGGGAAACUGGAUGCCUUCAUCUAUGAUGCAGCAGUGCUGAACUAUAUGGCAGGCAGAGAUGAAGGCUGCAAGCUGGUGACCAUUGGCAGUGGGAAGGUCUUUGCUUCCACUGGCUAUGGCAUUGCCAUCCAAAAAGAUUCUGGGUGGAAGCGCCAGGUGGACCUUGCUAUCCUGCAGCUCUUUGGAGAUGGGGAGAUGGAAGAACUGGAAGCUCUCUGGCUCACUGGCAUUUGUCACAAUGAGAAGAAUGAGGUCAUGAGCAGCCAGCUGGACAUUGACAACAUGGCAGGGGUCUUCUACAUGUUGGGGGCGGCCAUGGCUCUCAGCCUCAUCACCUUCAUCUGCGAACACCUUUUCUAUUGGCAGUUCCGACAUUGCUUUAUGGGUGUCUGUUCUGGCAAGCCUGGCAUGGUCUUCUCCAUCAGCAGAGGCAUCUACAGCUGCAUCCAUGGGGUGGCGAUCGAGGAGCGCCAAUCCGUAAUGAACUCCCCCACCGCAACCAUGAACAACACACACUCCAACAUCCUGCGCCUGCUGCGCACAGCCAAGAACAUGGCUAACCUGUCUGGUGUGAACGGCUCCCCGCAGAGCGCCCUGGACUUCAUCCGACGGGAGUCAUCUGUCUAUGACAUCUCGGAGCAUCGCCGCAGCUUCACACAUUCUGACUGCAAAUCCUACAACAACCCGCCCUGUGAGGAGAACCUCUUCAGUGACUACAUCAGUGAGGUGGAGAGAACGUUCGGGAACCUGCAGCUGAAGGACAGCAACGUGUACCAAGAUCACUACCACCAUCACCACCGGCCCCAUAGCAUCGGCAGUGCCAGCUCCAUCGAUGGCCUCUACGACUGUGACAACCCACCCUUCACCACCCAGUCCAGGUCCAUCAGCAAGAAGCCCCUGGACAUCGGCCUCCCCUCCUCCAAGCACAGCCAGCUCAGUGACCUGUACGGCAAAUUCUCCUUCAAGAGCGACCGCUACAGUGGCCACGAUGACCUGAUCCGCUCCGAUGUCUCUGACAUCUCAACCCACACCGUCACCUACGGGAACAUCGAGGGCAAUGCCGCCAAGAGGCGUAAGCAGCAAUAUAAGGACAGCCUGAAGAAGCGGCCCGCCUCGGCCAAGUCCCGCAGGGAGUUUGACGAGAUCGAGCUGGCCUACCGUCGCCGACCGCCCCGCUCCCCUGACCACAAGCGCUACUUCAGGGACAAGGAAGGGCUACGGGACUUCUACCUGGACCAGUUCCGAACAAAGGAGAACUCACCCCACUGGGAGCACGUGGACCUGACCGACAUCUACAAGGAGCGGAGUGACGACUUUAAGCGCGACUCGGUCAGCGGAGGAGGGCCCUGUACCAACAGGUCCCACAUCAAGCACGGGGCAGGUGACAAACACGGCGUGGUCAGUGGGGUACCUGCACCGUGGGAGAAGAACCUGACCAACGUGGAGUGGGAGGACCGGUCCGGGGGCAACUUCUGCCGCAGCUGUCCCUCCAAGCUGCACAACUACUCCACGACGGUGACGGGUCAGAACUCGGGCAGGCAGGCGUGCAUCCGGUGCGAGGCUUGCAAGAAAGCAGGCAACCUAUAUGACAUCAGCGAGGACAACUCCCUGCAGGAACUGGACCAGCCGGCUGCCCCGGUGGCGGUGACGUCAAACGCCUCCACCACUAAGUAUCCUCAGAGCCCGACUAAUUCCAAGGCCCAGAAGAAGAACCGGAACAAACUGCGCCGGCAGCACUCCUACGACACCUUCGUGGACCUGCAGAAGGAAGAAGCCGCCCUGGCCCCGCGCAGCGUAAGCCUGAAAGACAAGGGCCGAUUCAUGGAUGGGAGCCCCUACGCCCACAUGUUUGAGAUGUCAGCUGGCGAGAGCACCUUUGCCAACAACAAGUCCUCAGUGCCCACUGCCGGACAUCACCACCACAACAACCCCGGCGGCGGCUACAUGCUCAGCAAGUCGCUCUACCCUGACCGGGUCACGCAAAACCCUUUCAUCCCCACUUUUGGGGACGACCAGUGCUUGCUCCAUGGCAGCAAAUCCUACUUCUUCAGGCAGCCCACGGUGGCGGGGGCGUCGAAAGCCAGGCCGGACUUCCGGGCCCUUGUCACCAACAAGCCGGUGGUCUCGGCCCUUCAUGGGGCCGUGCCAGCCCGUUUCCAGAAGGACAUCUGUAUAGGGAACCAGUCCAACCCCUGUGUGCCUAACAACAAAAACCCCAGGGCUUUCAAUGGCUCCAGCAAUGGGCAUGUUUAUGAGAAACUUUCUAGUAUUGAGUCUGAUGUCUGAGUGAGGGAACAGAGAGGUUAAGGUGGGUACGGGAGGGUAAGGCUGUGGGUCGUGUGAUGCGCAUGUCACGGAGGGUGACGGGGGUGAACUUGGUUCCCAUUUGCUCCUUUCUUGUUGUUUUAAUUUAUUUAUGGGAUCCUGGAGUUCUGGUUCCUACUGAGGGCAACCCCGGUGACCAGCACCAUCUCCCCUCCUUUUCACAGUUCUCUCCUUCUUCCACCCCUAUCAGCCAUUCCUGUUCCCAUGAGAUGAUGCCAUGGGCCCUCUCAGCAGGGGAGGGUAGAGCGGAGAAAGGAAGGGCUGCAUGCGAGCUUCCUCCUGGUGUGGAAGAGCUCCUUGACAUCCUCUUUGAGUGAAGCCAGGAGAACCAAAAAGAGGCUAUGUGAGCACAAAGGUAGCUUUUCCCAAAACUGAUCUUUUCAUUUAGGUGAGGAAGCAAAAGCAUCUACGUGAGACCAUUUAGCACACUGCUUGUGAAAAGAAAGAGGCUCUGGCUAACUUCAUGCUGCUUAGAUGACAUCUGUCUAGGAAUCGUGUGCCAAGCAGAGGUUGGGAGGCCAUGUGUGUUUAUAUAUAAGCCAAAAAAUGCUUGCUUCAACCCCAUGAGACUCCAUAGUGGUGGUGAACAGGAACAAAAGGUCAUUGGUGGCGGAGCGGAUUCUUGAACAAACUGGAAAGUACGUUAUGAUAGUGUCCCACAGUGCCUUGGAGGCAAGAGCAGGUGGAUUGUGCAUGCAUGUGUGUUCAUGCACACUUGCACCCACAUGUAGUCGGGUGCCUCAAGAGAAGGCAACCUUGACUCUUUCUGUUGUUUCUUUCAAUAUCCCCAAGCAGUGUGAUUGUUUGGCUUAUAUACAGACAGAGAUGGCCAUGUGUUACCUGAAUUUUGGCUGUGUCUCCCUUCAUCCUUCUUGAAUAAGAAUGAAAAUUCUUGAUAAAGAAGAAUCCGUGGUCUAGACAAAAAAAAAGAUGGUGAGCAAUCCUGCAAGAGCAAGGUACAAAAACAAGUCCUCAGUGGUUGGCAAUUUUUUCAACCAGUUUGAACCAAGAACCUUCCAGGAAGGCUAAAGGGAAACAGAAUUUUCACAGCCACGAUUCUUUUGCCCACACUUGAGAGCAAAAGAUUCUACAAAGCUCUUUUGAGUAUUUAGACUGUCGACCGGCCAAGGUUUGGGGAGGAGCAAAGCCACCUUUGAAGAAGUAAGGAGUCGUGUAUGGUAGGGUAAGUGAGAGAGGGGGAUGUUUCCAAUGCUUUGAUCCCUUCUUACUUAACCUGAAGCUAGAAGAGCAGGCUUCUUCCCCCAAAACUGAUUACAACUGCUGUGGAGCAGACAGUUAAGAGAAAUGAACUUGACAAUUAAGAGAAAUGAGCUGCACUCCAUGAGUGUAGCUCAGGAGGUACGAAGAGAGGGGAAGAGACUUGGCAAUGGGAGAGGGGGGCAGAGAGGGAUCCUCCACAACCUCUUUGGGCCUGGCUCCCUGGGAAUGUGACUUGAGCCCAGAGUGAACACUCUUGGUAGAAGCCCUUCCACCUUCCUGCAACACCUUGUUUCCCUCUCAGAUUGUACCAUUGAGGAAUUAAAAAAAAAAGAUAUACAUGUAUAAAACUCCAGGGAUGAGGGUACCGGCAGACAUGAUGCUCCCUUCACUUAACAUUGGAAAAUUGAGAAGGGAAAUGAAUAUGUGUCACGGCCGGUCCUGAAACUUGGGGUAGGGCUAUUCUAUGGGUCAGUUCCACUGUCCUGCCAUCCUUCCCUACACAGGGUGGCAUCCAGAGAGCCCGGGGUCUGUGUGGAAGCUUGACUACAGGAUCGCCAUGUUGCACACAGGACACAUAAACCAGAAAGGUGCUCAUCCUCCUCUGGAAGGAAGCUGCCAUGUCUCUUCAAGUCACUCCCUCCAGGGCUGCUCUUCGCCCCUGUUCGCCCUUACUCGCGACCCUUCCUCAUCCCAUCCUUGACUGCUAUCCCCGACCCUCCUCCUUGAUUUUUACCUCAGUAUCUUUCAUUUUAAAGCCAACUGAAGGCCUUGUAAAGCUUUGUUUUCAUUCUAAAAUGAACAUGGGGGCAAGGGGCUGAACCUCUCACAGAUUUGGAGAGAGGGGCACGGAGUGCUUUACCUUAGAUAACAGGAAAGACUGAGAGAGGACAGAGGGCGUGAGGCACCUCCAGGAGGAAGAAGGUGAAGGGCCACGUAAACACCGCUUCGCCCUGACUCUGUCCAGGGGUCAGGGACUCAUCCCCUCAUCUUCCUCUUACCUCACCCCUUUCAAACAAAAAACCAAACCAACUAACCUAGCGAACAGCAAUCUAGAACCAAGGGAGCUCUUUCAGUCUCCGCUGGCAACAGAAAUCAAGACGGUGUUUAUUUCAUAUGUAAAUAUUUUGUUUUCUAAUUAAUUUUGUAUAGAUAAAGUGUUCUCUUGUGAGUAUUCAGGGUGUUGGGCUGGAGGGAGUGGGGUGGGGAUGGGAAUGAGAGGGAAAAAGUGUUUUGUUAUGGGUUUUCAUUUUCCACUGGGGGAAUUGUUUUGUAUGGCUUUUGCUUCAGGGUGUCUGGAAAAAGUGAAUGCCCAGGGAGGCCACUAUGGUGAAAAAGCCAGGGGAAAGUAAUUUGUGUCCAUUCCCCCCCCCCCCCCCACCCCCGCCCAGAAAACCAGUCUUCUUACUGGUUUGUGAGAAAUGUUCAUGCACUUUGGCCAGGGCUUUACAUAGGGUUCAGUUUGGCUCUAUGCAAACCCCAGGUCUGACUCCUAUCCUUCUAGGUAGACCCUAGGUUACCGCAUAACAUGCAAAGACAGGCUGGUGGCACCAUAUUUCCUCUGUCAGUACCUAGGGUAGGAAAGAUUCCCAAAAGGGCUUAAACAGAAUUAAGGUCAAAUUAACUUCCCGUUCUUGGUGUGACUGAAAGGUUUCAGGAAGCUCAAUCCUGAGAAAUCUCCCAGUGGCCUCCUCUGAUGCUGAAACAAUCAUCUCAGUCAUCUGAGUCUUUUCUUCCUUAGGACCUGGGCGCUGACUCACUCCCUGCCCCACCUCCACCCUCAGAAAUCAGCCUGGCAAACACACCUGGAAAAAUCUCCACUAACUACUUUUUGAAGCAUGUGAUAUCUGGUUAUCACAUAACCAGAGAAGUAGUGCUGGAUAUGUGUCUUACAAAUUUGCAUGCUUUUCUAGAAAAGAUGAUGAGAUCCACUAAAAACUCAGUGGUGAGAUGAUUCCCUUAGCAAGAUUGCUGAAGUUAGGUUUAGAGGUGGGAGGAUGGGUAUGUGAGCAAUGGUGCCAAUAGUGGCCCUUUAUUUGCCUUGUCCUCAUUACUGCCAUCAGGAAGGUGCUACUGGCCUUGAGCCAGGUGUUCAUAAUCUGGCCUUUGGUUAACCAAUCGAACUUCUUUUCCUAGACUGUUGGUUUUGUGGAGGUUGGCAGCCUCUCUCUAUCACAGGUUAAAAUUUCCAAAUCCAUUUACCCAGUAUAUUCACUACAUUUUUUCCUAUCCUCCCAUCAUGAAAGCUGUUAGCUGGAUAAUUUUAUUUUUCUAAACUCCUUAUUUGGCCCCAAUUGGUCACUUUUCUUCAACUGGAUAUUUGCACUGGGACUAAGUUACUCAUGGUCUGCUCAAGAAAGCGUAAAGAAAGGAAGGCUGGGCAUUGUUAAAAUCUAGAUGUUACUUAAUUCCAGAAUAACAAGCAAGUAAAAUGCAUGAGAAAUAAUUCAGCUAUAAGCCCAAUCUAUAUCACAGAUGGGUAUGAAACAACACUCAAUCCAUCCAAAACUGUGAGAUUCCGCAGAUACCCUCAGGAGUACCUAAUAUUCACAUGUUCUUCAGAAUCCAUGCUUUCUCUCUUUGUACCCUCUAUCAUUCCCUUCCAUUGCAGAAGUGGUUGGUGAGUGUGGUCCUGUAUGAACUCCUUUCAGUGGCAAUGCUUAAAUCUCAGCAUUUCCACUGACAAUAAUCUGACUCUUGAAUUUGCCUGAGUCGAGAAUGUGCACACCUUUCAAAGUGAUGCAUGUACAGUGGACUUUGUUAUUUCAAAAUCUGUCACUGUGUAUCCUCAGCCAGAACUUGGGAAACAUCCUUUGUGUGUAUUCCCCUGCACUGGCCACAGCCAUGUUGUGAUUGAGGGGAAAAUCCCAAAUGAUUCCAUUAAAUGUUGCUGGUGUCAGUAGUGCCAAAAACGCAUGUAUGACGUGAUACAGUAGGAGUCAUCUAUACAGUUAAGUGACUAUCACCCACCCGGUCUUCCGUGGCCAUUGGGAGUUGCCCAAAGGAGAAUUCUCUGCAGAGUGCUGGUCACCUGCACAUGUCACUAAGAGCUAGGUUUCUUCGGUUCAUUUUUUUUUCUGUUGUUUUUGUUAGUUCAAGAUUUAGAGACAGAAUAACCAGAUUGGUUGGGCAAUAAGCUUUUGGAAAAAACUAUUCCAGAACUCACUUUAUUCUUUUAAUAAUCAUCUCUCUAAAAAGGCCCCGUCAUUGCUUGACACCCUGUGAAUGUCUGUUUUCGUAUGUUGGGAAUGAUUCAGAUGUGUGCAUAAAUGAUGUCACUGCAGUGAUGUUGAUGAAUGCAUUCAGCAUUUCCAGGGAUUGUGGCCAUUCCUUAUGUGCUCUCUGAGCCCAAAGCCAUAUAGGAAACAUAUGCUCAGUAGGCUGCUGCACACUACAGCAGAGCUUUUGGUUUCUUCACUUGGGUGUCAGAGAUUUUUCCUGUUUAAGGAGCUCUUCAUGGAGGAGAAGCAGCUGAAGGUGAAUAGUCACACCGGGAUGGGUCUGGCCUUACGCAUGCUGUGUGGUCCAUGGUGUGUUGAAGGUCCUGAAAAGGUCUUUUUCAUUUCCCACCCCUCUCCAACUACUGCCUUCCCACACAGAUUUGUUGCUUUAGUGCUGAGCUGAGCUGCCUGUCAUUCAAAUGAAAGUAAUCCCAGGAAAGGUGACAUAUUAAGCCAUAUUAGGGAUUUAUACAUUUAAUCACCUAAUUUACAUUAGGAAUCUCACUCCUUUUCCUGGGAAUAAGUUAUGAUACAAGAGAAGAGGAAGGGAGCAGAGAGCACUAAGAGCAAUAGAGUAGGGAACAAGGAUACAGGUUCUAGACGGCAAAGACAUUUAAACCAUAUUUUAUCCUCCACCUGCUUUUAUUUAAGGCUCAUGUGACACCUAAAUAGGACUCCUGGUUAGGAAUUAUUUUCAAUACACAAUCACAUGAGUGUAUAAUUUGUGAAUUUCUAAAUUCAGUAUCUUGUAGGGCAGGUUGAGAACUAUGAUUCUUUCUGUAGAAAAUGGAAAAGUGAUGCUUCUCCAUUACAUGUUACUGAGUAGGCAGCUAGAAAAAUCAAAUUGAAUUUAUGAUACAAUAAAAGUUACUGUCAUUGUCUGGUCUCUGUUCCAGUUUAAAUAAUCUUCCAAUUAGCUGAGUUGGUCUAUAUCCUAUACUUUCCACCUCCAUGGGGGGGUGCCCUGUUAGCUGGUAAAAGAGCCACUUAUGACCUCAGGUGCUACUUAACCUGGGGGGCAACUGUUUCUUAGGCCUAUCAGAUGUUUGGGAUGACACUAAAAUGCAGAUUAGUCAGUCUGAGAAUGUCUAAUAUUGAUCUGGAUCUAGGAUUCUAUUCUAGUUUGGGGGGGGUUCCAGUAUUGUAUAAAAUCAUAGGAUAUCUGAGAACAUCCCACCCUCAACUCAUUCCAACCACAUUGAUUCAGUCACACAGGGGCCCUGUGAGUUACAUGACUCAGAAGAGACAGCCUAUCUAUUCCCACGACAAAGGCCCCCACCCAGAACCUUAAAUUGAAAGCCAGUGCUGCUACUUUUAUGCCUUGGAGAGAUCUGUGAAGUUUAGGGCUUCUAAUUUACAAUAUUGAAGCAAGAAAAAAGAAUUUUGUUCAGAGUAAUGGGUUAGAAUAGCAGUACUGGGAAUAAGUCGGAAAGUUAGAAAUCUUCCACAUUUCUCUCUGCGUCUCUCAGAGCUCCGCACAGUGAGUUUCUGGAGCUGCUUCAUGCUUUGAAUAUAAUUGCUGGGGUGAUUAUGUGGGUAAGGGCUCCUGAAAGAACUGAAGGUGAAAAGCAGAGUAGAUGAGUAGAAUUCCUCAGAGCCUUGGCACUCUGGUGUGUUGAGUCUGUGUUUUGGCAAAGGUAGGAGAACUCAAUGCAAGAAUAAAGGUACAAUUAAAAAGCACAACACUAAGCCCAAUUUAAACUGUUAUUUUAAAGAUUGGGUUUCCACACUUUAAACCUAAACUCCUUUAUCUGUAAUUAUUUUAGUGUUGUGAUUUAAGGGGUGGAGCAGGUUCUAGUACUAUGCAGGAGAAAAAAAUAAAAGCUCUCUGGUUAAA